UGGCAACGGCGUGACGUGAGGAUACUGGGAGCUGCCGGAGCAGCGGUCGCAGCUUCAGUUCUAGCUCACCCCGCCGCCCGGUCGGGAGCAGGCAAGAGGCGCGGUUGCCCCGCGCCACCCCUGCGCUCCAGGGCUUUGAACCGGCCUGGCGGCCGCUUCCUGCCACCCUCCCUCUGGAGUGACGAGGGCGCAGCGGGUGUCAGAGCCGUGAAGGCCAGGGAGGGUCACGCGCAUGGCCUCGGCGGGCGCGCGGCGGCUCCCAGCCGGGACCCGCGCAGCGGCCCAGCGUUGCUGCGGCCUCCAGCUCCACCGGGGCGUGCGCUCGGCCCCGCCCCCAGGCCCUCCGCGACCGCCGCGACCAAUGAGAUUUCUGAUUUCCUGCAGCCUCCUCUUGCCCCGGGCUGCCCAAGCCUUGGCAGCUGAGGCUGGCUUACCUCCUAGCCGUUCCUUCAUGGGCUUUGCUGCCCCCUUCACCAACAAGAGAAAGGCUUACUCUGAGCGUAGGAUCAUGGGGUACUCAAUGCAGGAGAUGUUUGAGGUGGUGUCCAAUGUCCAGGAGUACCGCGAGUUUGUGCCCUGGUGUAAGAAGUCUUUGGUGGUAUCCAGCCGCAAAGGUCACCUGAAGGCCCAGUUGGAGGUUGGCUUUCCACCUGUCAUGGAACGCUAUACCUCUGCUGUUUCCAUGGUCAAACCUCACAUGGUCAAGGCUGUUUGCACUGAUGGCAAGCUCUUCAAUCACUUAGAGACCAUUUGGCGAUUCAGCCCUGGUAUUCCUGCCUACCCCCGAACUUGCACGGUGGACUUUUCGAUUUCCUUUGAAUUUCGUUCUCUGCUGCACUCCCAGCUGGCCACCAUGUUUUUCGAUGAGGUUGUCAAACAGAAUGUUGCUGCCUUCGAGCGUCGGGCAGCUACCAAGUUUGGUCCAGAAACAGUCAUCCCCCGUGAACUGAUGUUCCAUGAGGUGCACCAGACUUGAGGCAAAGGAUUGUGCCUUAGCUUCUCCUCUACUCUCCCUCCCCACCCAAUUCUCUUAUUUAUUUGGCUCCUGCUCCAAUCUGAGAGAAGAGUCUGUGUUCAUAAUACUUUCCCCCUCUCAAUUCUCCAGAAAUUGCGCUCUAAGCUGGCUGGAAAUGCUGGGGGAAAAGAAAAGACAGGGGGUUAUGGAAAAGAAACAUGCUUAGGAAACAGUUAGCCUCAGCUUGAGAGCCCUAUAUGCCUGAUGCCUACAGCCUUCUCACACUGAAUUAUAAUUAAGACUGUGUGGUUACCCGAGCCCUGUCAAGGUGCCUUAGUAUCUGACCAGGGGAAGAUGGCAACUUUUCUCAAGGACUGAAUAAAUUGAGCUUUUUCAAAAAUAAUUAAAAGUAAAUGUCCAGUAAAUUAAAAAAAAAUUGAGCUUUUUCCUCUGACAGAGGUAUUGAUGGUCAAUAACUUUUGCUUGACUGAAAUGUCUCAGAUGUCAGAGAUCUGGCCAUAGCUUGAAACUAUGGUCUCACUUAAAGAAUUCACUUUUCCAUGCUAGUGAAGAGCCUGGGGCGAGGCGAAAAAAAGCACUGAACGGAGUUGUACUCUUGGGUUGUACCUUAUUCUUCCACUUGGCUUUUUAUAAAAUUUCAAUAAAUUAAUUUUGACAGUGUGAA